UAACAUCCGGUUUGUUAGAGUCAAAGCAUGACAAGUGAAAUGGCAAUGGAGCAACUAAAACAACAUUUGUCUAAGAUAAGAUCCCCUGGUGGCGGCGAGAAAGUCUACAAGGAUGAAUGUGCAUAUUCUUUUGAUAACCCUGAGAGUGAAGAUGGGCUGUACGUGUGUAUGAACACAUUCCUGGGUGUGGGAAAGAAACAUCUGAUGCGACACUACAACAAGACUGGAAAUGCUGUGUUUCUCAGGAUCAAGAGAAUUCGCAUUGAGAUUCCACAGACAGAGGAGGCCGAGCCUCAAGUGAAACCAACAAAACUUGCAAUAGGAGUGGAGGGAGGGUUUCAAGUGGAUGAGAAGAAGUUCCGUUUCGAGGAGACGACCUCCGUUGUGGUGAUGCCGAACCACCUCGAGAUCGCUGUGCCAAACCCAGAUCUCCCUGAUGCUGUCCAGAUCUCCGUGGCCACCAUCCUGAUGGCCGAGGAUGCUUGGAAGCUGGAAGAAGCAGCAGCCAUGGCAGGAACAUGGGAUGGAGAGAUCCGACAGAAAUCCAGACAUGCGGACGACCUGCUACAGCUGGACACUGGCCGCAAGAUCCCCCCCAGUGGCUGGAAGUGUGAGAGGUGUGACCUCACCACCAACCUCUGGCUCAACCUCACAGACGGAUCCAUUCUCUGUGGCCGCAAGUUCUUUGAUGGCAGUGGCGGCAACAACCACGCCGUGGACCACUUCGCAGAGUGCAAGUAUCCCCUGGCUGUCAAGCUAGGGACCAUCACCCCUGACGGUGCAGACGUGUACUCGUAUGACGAGGACGACAUGGUUCUGGAUCCCCAUCUGACCAAGCACCUGGCACACUUCGGCAUCAACAUCACCGCCAUGCAGAAGACUGAGAAGACGAUGUUGGAGCUGGAGAUUGACCUGAAUCAGAAGAUUGGGGAGUGGGACGUCAUCCAGGAGGCUGGAAGUAAACUUACGCCGAUGUAUGGCCCGGGAUACACCGGGAUGCGUAACCUUGGCAACAGUUGUUAUAUGAACUCUCUCAUGCAGGUCGUCAUGACGAUACCUGACUUCCAACAAAGAUAUUAUGCAAAAGAGGAGGACAUAUUCCAGUCCGCACCGUCCAUUCCUGUUGGAGACUUCAAUGCUCAAAUGGCUAAGUUAGCUCAUGGUCUGUUGUCAGGGGACUAUUCCAAGCCCCCAGUAGAUGGAGAAUCCAGUACACAGCUCGUCCCCCCACCAACGGGUAUUCGGCCACAGAUGUUUAAGACGUUGGUUGGACGAGGACAUCCAGAGUUCUCCACCAAGAGGCAACAAGAUGCACAGGAGUUCUUCCUUCAUAUCCUCACAUUCAUCGAGCGUAACAGUAGAGGGCAUGUCAAUCCAGCUGAAUGUUUCCGGUUUGAAAUUGAGGACAAGGUCAAGUGUGGGGGGUCAGGGAAGGUCAAGUACACAACGAGAGAGGACUACUGUCUGGCGUUACCGGUGCCCAUGGAGGCUGCCACCAAUAUAGAGGAAGUGGCAGCUUAUGAAGCCAGAAAGAAGGAAUUAGAAGAGAAGAAAGAAACAAUAGAUCCCAAGUCAAUAGUCCGGCCACGUAUCUCACUGUCUGCAUGUCUAGAAGCAUUCUCAGCAGUGGAAGUCAUAGAUGAUUUCUACAGCUCUGCCUUGAAGGCAAAGACUCAAGCUCACAAAACAACUCGGUUACGGACAUUCCCAGAUUAUUUAUUUGUACAGAUGAAGAAAUUUACCAUAGGUGAAGAUUGGGUCCCUAAAAAGCUAGAUGUGUCUUUGGGUAUGCCAGAUGACCUUGACAUUUCUGCCUUGAGAGGUGAAGGUCUCAGGGCAGGGGAAGAAGAGUUACCUCAGGAACAAGCACCACAACCAGCAAUAGAGAUAGAUGAAGCCACUGUGGGCCAGCUGAUGGAGAUGGGCUUUGACCCCAAUGGGUGUCGGAAGGCGGUGUACAACACCAAGAACACGGGGGUGGAGGCAGCCAUGAACUGGGUGAUGGAACACAUGGGGGACGCAGACUUUGCAGCCCCUCUUGUGUUGCCAAACUCAGCGGCGGCGGGAGGCGGACAGUUCACCCCGAACGAGGAGUCGCUGGUCAUGAUCAUGUCGAUGGGCUUCACCAGGGACCAGGCAGUCAAGGCCCUCAAGGCCACGAACAACAAUGUAGAGAGAGCAGCUGACUGGAUAUUUAGCCACGCUGAUGAGCUGGAUCAGCCAAUGGAAACAGAUCAGGCCCAGGCCGCUGCCCCGGCAACACCCAAGUUCCGUGACGGGUCAGGAAAAUAUCAACUUGUGGCUUUCAUCAGUCACAUGGGCACAUCUACCAACGUGGGCCACUACGUCUGUCACAUUCUCAAGGAUGGGAAGUGGGUGAUCUAUAACGACGAGAAGGUGGCACAGUCGGAAAAUCCCCCUAAAGACCUGGCCUAUCUGUACCUGUACCGGAGAUGCUGAACACCCCAGGCAGUACUACACGACAAAUCCUUACUACCCAACGCUUGAGAAAUGUCAAGCCUAAAUAAUCCCAGCACCUGCAGUAUGUUACCAAGUCAGCAACAUGUCGUAUAUUCUGUGGGCUCUUUAUGACAUUGUUGGACUGGUCAGUCAUUCGGUGAGAAUGCUAUAACCCUUUUUCACUACACCUCACAGGUAAACAGCUGACGAUGUUGGUGUGGGAACAUUUCAGGAUAAAUCUGUGUUGAGGUCAAACUCGUUCAGUGGUUUGUAAGCACCAUAGCCAUGGGAAUAUUUGACCUUCUUCACUCUUGGGUUCAGAUCACAGAUUCGCUCUCAUUGGUUGGAAUCUGGACAGGAUGAUCCUGAGUUCAGAUCGAUUGUCGCCCCUGGUUUGUCGGGGCCAGACAUGUGCUUGUUGCAUUCUCCAAUGUUAUAAAUAUCUAACACAGGCAUUACUUUGGGCUUUCAACAUUAAGGUGACGUGCUAUGAUAUAACUUAGAUGCUUUUCAUUGUGGCAUUAAGCUCACUCUUUCUACUUGAUAAUAUAGAUCUGCCCUGUGAAGAUGUGCGUUAGAACUGGUCUUCAGCAACCAAUGUUUGUUGUAAGAGGCAGACUAACAGGAUCAGGUGGUCAGACCGCUGACUUACUUGAUAUAUGUCUUUGUAUGCCACUUGUCUAGAUCGAUGCUCUUUGUGGCAAUCACUGGAAUGUCUCGUCCAGACUUGAUUUUUUAGAGGCCGCCGUCAUAUAGCAUGCAUAUUGCUGAGUGCGGCGUUAAACAACAAACAAACAAUCAACAUAGAUGUAGGUCAUUCAUCACAUUAUAAGUCGAUCUAAAUGAUUGAUCUUUAAAAAAGUACUGUAGUUCAACGAGUAGAGUUCUUUGUUAUAACGGAGAACUCCGCUACCCCGUUGAAUGAUAGACAAGGUCAAUCACUGAGCUGGAAUAAUGCUUAGUGCCAACAAUUUUUUAUUUUUUAUUUUUUUCACCUAUUCAGCAAAACUGUUGCUAUGAAGUGUGCAGGUUGUCAGUGAAGUACAACGGUGAUAGUUUAAAUGUUGGCAUGUGGCUUCUAUAACAACUGUGGCUACAAAUCACAUCUAGGUAAAAAAAAUAUAUCUUAUGACAAAAAUGUCUUUGUUGUAAAAAGUUACAGAUUCCUGUGUAUUGUCUUGCUCAGCUGCCCAAAAUAUCCUUGUUGCACAUAAAUCAAAAUUAUAUUGAAGAUAGUGUUUAUGUGUAAAUAAUACAGGAUAUUUGGUUAAAUGCUGAUACAUUUGGAUGAAAACUAAAGGCAAAACUCCCCAAACUACUUGUUAGUAUCAUCUGACAUUUUUAAGGAGGCAGAUAAAUUGUCUGUGUUGGUGUCUACCCGGGACUGGUAUUGAGAUAGUUAAGCAAACGUUUAUGAGUUGUAAUUUCCUUUUUGAUAUUACUGGUGAUAAUUUUCUUUAGAUACAUUUUUAAUAUAUCUGGAAUAGGAAUCAGAAUAAUGGCAAUGUUUGAAUAAAAUACUUCAGCUGCAUAAUUUGGUGGAAUCAGCUUUAAUUGUUAAGAAUUUCCCAGAAAAUGGCCACGUUCUUCACAUGUCAAAAGUUAGUUAUGCUACCUUUGCAAAGAGCCAACAUUGUGUGACUGGUGUGGCAAACUGUGAUGGAUGUAACAUGCAAAACUGUACUGCUGGGUGGCUGGCAGUGCUACUUGGUGUCAGUGCUAGACUCCUUGUGUGCCUUGUGGUGACCGGUAUACAAUGCCUAGGGCAUCUUUCCCAGACAAUUGUUUCCACCAGCUUAUUUCAAAGUUUAGUUGCAUCUUCCCAGGCAGGUGUUUCCACCAGUCUAUAUCACAUCUAGUUGCAUCUUCCCAGACAAGCGUUUCCACCAGCCUAUAUCACAUCUAGUUGCAUCUUCCCAGGCAAGCAAUUCCACCAGUCUAUAUCACAUCUAGUUGCAUCUUCCCAGACAAGUGUUUCCACCAGCCUAUAUCACAUCUAGUUGCAUCUGCCCAGACAAGCGUUUCCACCAGCCUAUAUCACAUCUAGUUGCAUCUUCCCAGGCAAGCGUUUCCACCAGCCUAUAUCACAUCUAGUUGCAUCUUCCCAGACAAGCGUUUCCACCAGCCUAUAUCACAUCUAGUUGCAUCUUCCCAGACAAGCGUUUCCACAAGUCUAUAUCACAUCUAGUUGCAUCUUCCCAGACAAGCGUUUCCACAAGUCUAUAUCACAUCUAGUUGCAUCUUCCCAGACAAGCGUUUCCUCCAGCCUAUAUCACAUCUAGUUGCAUCUUCCCAGACAAGCGUUUCCACCAGCCUAUAUCACAUCUAGUUGCAUCUUCCCAGGCAAGCGUUUCCACCAGCAUAUAUCACAUCUAGUUGCAUCUUCCCAGACAAGCGUUUCCACUAGUCUAUAUCACAUCUAGUCGCAUCUUCCCAGGCAAGCGUUUCCACCAGUCUAUAUCACAUCUAGUUGCAUCUUCCCAGGCAAGCGUUUCCACCAGUCUAUAUCACAUCUAGUUGUAUCUUCCCAGACAAGCGUUUCCACCAGCCUAUAUCACAUCUAGUUGCAUCUUCCCAGACAGGUGUUUCCACUAGCCUAUAUCACAUCUAGUUGCAUCUUCCCAGACAAGCGUUUCCACCAGCCUAUAUCACAUCUAGUUACAUCUUCCCAGACAAGCGUUUCCACCAGCCUAUAUCACAUCUAGUUGCAUCUUCCCAGACAAGUGUUUCCACCAGUCUAUAUCACAUCUAGUUGCAUCUUCCCAGGCAGGUGUUUCCACCAGCCUAUAUCACAUCUAGUUGCAUCUUCCCAGGCAAGCGUUUCCACCAGCCUAUAUCACAUCUAGUUGCAUCUUCCCAGGCAAGCGUUUCCACCAGCCUAUAUCACAUCUAGUUGCAUCUUCCCAGACAAGCGUUUCCACUAGUCUAUAUCACAUCUAGUUGCAUCUUCCCAGGCAAGCGUUUCCACCAGCCUAUAUCACAUCUAGUUGCAUCUUCCCAGACAAGUGUUUCCACCAGCCUAUAUCACAUCUAGUCGCAUCUUCCCAGGCAAGCGUUUCCACCAGCCUAUAUCACAUCUAGUUGCAUCUUCCCAGACAAGUGUUUCCACCAGUAUUUAUCACAUCUAGUUGCAUCUUCCCAGGCAGGUGUUUCCACCAGCCUAUAUCACAUCUAGUUGCAUCUUCCCAGGCAAGCGUUUCCACCAGCCUAUAUCACAUCUAGUUGCAUCUUCCCAGGCAAGUGUUUCCACCAGCCUAUAUCACAUCUAGUCGCAUCUUCCCAGGCAAGCGUUUCCACCAGCCUAUAUCACAUCUAGUUGCAUCUUCCCAGACAAGUGUUUCCACCAGUCUAUAUCACAUCUAGUUGCAUCUUCCCAGGCAGGUGUUUCCACCAGCCUAUAUCACAUCUAGUUGCAUCUUCCCAGGCAAGCGUUUCCACCAGCCUAUAUCACAUCUAGUUGCAUCUUCCCAGGCAAGCGUUUCCACCAGCCUAUAUCACAUCUAGUUGCAUCUUCCCAGGCAAGUGUUUCCACCAGCCUAUAUCACAUCUAGUUGCAUCUUCCCAGACAAGCGUUUCCACCAGCCUAUAUCACAUCUAGUUGCAUCUUCCCAGACAAGCGUUACCACCAGUCUAUAUCACAUCUAGUCGUAUCUUCCCAGACAAGCGUUUCCACCAGCCUAUAUCACAUCUAGUUGUAUCUUCCCAGACAAGCGUUUCCACCAGUCUAUAUCACAUCUAGUUGUAUCUUCCCAGACAAGCGUUUCCACCAGCCUAUAUCACAUCUAGUUGCAUCUUCCCAGGCAAGCGUUUCCACCAGCCUAUAUCACAUCUAGUUGCAUCUUCCCAGGCAAGUGUUUCCACCAGCCUAUAUCACAUCUAGUUGCAUCUUCCCAGACAAGCGUUUCCACCAGUCUAUAUCACAUCUAGUUGCAUCUUCCCAGACAAGCGUUUCCACCAGCCUAUAUCACAUCUAGUUGCAUCUUCCCAGGCAAGCGUUUCCAAUCACAUCUAGUUGCAUCUUCCCAGACAAGUGUUUCCACCAGCCUAUAUCACAUCUAGUUGCAUCUUCCCAGACAAGCGUUUCCACCAGCCUAUAUCACAUCUAGUUGCAUCUUCCCAGGCAAGCGUUUCCAAUCACAUCUAGUUGCAUCUUCCCAGACAAGCGUUUCCACCAGUCUAUAUCACAUCUAGUUGCAUCUUCCCAGACAAGCGUUUCCACCAGCCUAUAUCACAUCUAGUUGCAUCUUCCCAGGCAAGCGUUUCCAAUCACAUCUAGUUGCAUCUUCCCAGACAAGUGUUUCCACCAGCCUAUAUCACAUCUAGUCGCAUCUUCCCAGGCAAGCGUUUCCACCAGCCUAUAUCACAUCUAGUUGCAUCUUCCCAGGCAAGUGUUUCCACCAGCCUAUAUCACAUCUAGUUGCAUCUUCCCAGACAAGCGUUUCCACCAGCCUAUAUCACAUCUAGUUGCAUCUUCCCAGGCAAGCGUUUCCAAUCACAUCUAGUUGCAUCUUCCCAGACAAGUGUUUCCACCAGCCUAUAUCACAUCUAGUUGCAUCUUCCCAGGCAAGCGUUUCCAAUCACAUCUAGUUGCAUCUUCCCAGACAAGCGUUUCCACCAGCCUGUAUCACAUCUAGUUGCAUCUUCCCAGACAAGCAUUUCCACCAGCCUGUAUCACAUCUAGUUGCAUCUUCCCAGACAAGCGUUUCCACCAGCCUAUAUCACAUCUAGUUGCAUCUAACCAGGAAAGCAUUUCCACCAGUCUAUAUCAAAGACUUGUCACGAGGCACUUGUGGACAUGCUUGCUCGGGAAGAUGUACCUGGCGGUGUAAGCAACAAGUUUCUUACCAUGAGAAGCGUCCAUAACCAAAAGAAAUUAGUAAUUGUGUAAUUAUAAUUAUUCAGGGAGCUUGUUUUUGAUCUUCAGAAUCCCAGAGAAUAGCUGCAGGACUAAGCAUUGUUCAGUCAAUCUGAACUACUUGCUGUCACAUUGCUGGUGCAUAUAGAGAAUCUCACCUGAGUGUCUUUUGAUAUCAAGUAUAUCAACCCGAGUUGAUAGAAGUGGUAAAACUCCAAGGCUUGGAACGAGAGAGAUUUAUUUAUCAUCCAACAUCAUUCUUCCAACUUUUCAGUUUGUAGACAGUAAUAAGCAGUGUCUUAAGUGUAAAAAGUACUGCUAACAGCUUCAGUAGCAGAGCCAUAAGUGAUGUCAUAUGAUUGUGACGUCAUGGUAACCAAUGAUGUCACAACGGUCUGCAAAGCAUUGUGAUGCAAUUUCAUUGCAGCGAUAUCUACAAUGUAGGAGCCAGUUUUGGAUGAUAAAUGGUAAUAACCACUUACAGCUCUAUUCACUGAUCUUUUUUCAAAGUGGGUCACAGUUAGAGUAGAGGUGAUAGUAGUCAUGUUGCUUAGAUUGAUUUAUAAGCUGGGACUCCAAAAGCAGUCUUGGCAGUAAUCUUUAUUGUAAGGCCAUGAAUAAGUAACCUUGCCCAAAUGGGCUGUGGGGUAGCCUAGUGGUUUAAGAGUUCGCUUGUCACGUCAAAGACCCUGGUUCGAUUCCCCACAUGGUCACUGGAUCAAUGUGCACUCAACUAUCAUCCUCGACUCCCUGGGGAGUAUGCACCCCAUGCUGCCUGUUAAGCCCUAGAAGGUUAACAACCACAUUGCCAUCACAUCCUACCAGGUACCCAUUAACUGCUGGGAAAACAGAGGCAUGAUGACAAACACACUAGGUACUGUAACAGUUUUGUACAAGGAUUGUUCAUCCAACGUCUUAACUUGCCUGUUUGGGCAGGAAUACAUUUUACUCGACACCUUCUGCCUGUUUGGUAAUGGAUGUGGAUGAGCUCCUUCCUUUGCCACAGAAUUACUAUCUAAGUUUUUCAGACCCAAUUUUGCUAUAUAAAAAAAGGACUAGAUUUUGGGGGGCUCUUUCCACAUAGCAACUUAAAACAAAUGCGUUUGUUAUUAAAUGUAAAUUUACCAAAGGUGAUGAAAUUGUGAUGUAUUUGUAGAAAAGUGGCCCCAAGGUAUGUCACUGAUGAGGUGGCUACAAGCCAUUAUGAAACUUCUAUUCUUGAUGUUUGAGUUGCUUUCUUCUGCUUUUUCUGAGCUUUAUCAUCCUAAUUUUCCUAUCAGUGAGUGAGUGAGUGAGUAUGGUUUUACUCCUCUUUUAGAAACAUUCCAGCAAUAUGAUGUCGGGGGACACCAGAAAUGGGCUCCAGACAUUGUACCCAUGUCGGGAAUGGAACCCAGGUCUUCGGCGUGAUGAGUGAACACUUUAACCACUAGGCUACCCGACCACCCCUAUGUUGCAUCAAACAUAUGGCAGAGAGUGUCCGGUAAAGUGCAAGUGUAAUCCUGUUUGUUAGGUUACUUUGUUUCUAGUUUCUUGUUAGUUGCAUAACGACCGAUACAAGCUUCACCAUCACUGUACAGUUGUGCAGUGAAUAUAAGUACAUGUGCUUCAACUGUAAAAACAGAAUUAUAUUCUGUGAUAUUUGUCUUUAUUUUUAUUUGAAAAUAAAUAUAAAUGUUCAGAAUGUUG